UGCCAUUGCGCGCGCAUGCCCCCACCUAAAAAACCGACAAAGCAACAAGUCAAAAAAACAACAACAACAAAUAACAAUUAUAAAAAUAGAUUCAAGAAAUGGACGUGGCAAUUUAUAAAUUAUCUUCAAUUGAUCCAGCUGAAAUUGGUAUUGAUAACUCAUGGAAUAUCAAUAAUACUAGAUGGAAAAAAAAAAUAAUAACAAAAAUUAAAUAAUAAAAGUAAUUUUAACAUUCAUGAUUCAUGAUUGUUGUCCAAAAUUAUCAUUUAAAAAUCAAGAUAAAGAAAAAAAAAAGACUCCAAAGUACAAAAAAAAAGCUGUCAUGAGUUGAAAAGUGUCAGAAUAAUUUUGUUAUGUGAUUGAUCAAUGUGUCCACGUCAUGAAAUAAAAUAAAUUAUUAAAAUAAUCAACUCACGUGAAUCCAGGAAAAACAAGAAAGCAACAUGAAUUGUCAUUAAUCAGUUGAUCAAUCCAUGUAUUUAAAAUCAUCAAGUUAUCAUCCAGCUUUUUUAUAAGACAAGUGUUUUUAUAAAAAAAUUAAACAACAGCUGGAUAAGUUGGAGUUGGAUCAAGAUGCCGGCAUUGACAAUAUUUGGACGGAAGUGGCUUGCAGCAACUGAUGAUCUUGUUUACCCUGGCCUUUUUGAACUAUUUAUUCGUUCCGUCUGGUUUGUUCUACUUGGAAUUGCUUGUUUACGAUACUACGAUGAAACAUGGAAAUGUAAAAUAGGUGGUGGUAUUGUUCGUGUUUUUUUUAUUGGUGAAUUAAUAAUUAUAUUAAUUGUUAUUGUAUUAUCAUUUAUAAUGGUCAAUCAAAGUUCAAGAGGUUCAAUAACAGACACAUAUGCUAGAAGAUUUGUUCCACCAUUAUUAACAUUCAAAAUAUUAUUAUUAUUACCUGAAAUUGGAUGGAAUAUAUUAGGCACACUUUGGGUAUUUGGUGAUUAUGUUAAAUGUACUGAAGAACAUUAUACAAUAACAGUUAUAAAAUCACUAGUAUUAUUUGAUUGGAUUAUGACUGGAAUAGCAUUGCUGGGUCUUGCAUUAAUAUUUGAUCCACUUGGUUCAUUAAAAAAUCCUGAUAAAAUACUUGAAGAUUCAGUUGAACAUGGAAAAGUAUCACGUAUAUGGAUGAGAAGAUUUAAAUUUUUAUGGUGGAUGAGACGUGAUGAAAAUGCUGAUGAAACAUUUCAACACAUAAGCGGUUUACUUAGUUCAUUAUUCAGAGGAACUGAUUUAGUACCAUCAGAUGUUGUUGCUGGAUGUGUACUAUUAAGAGUACGACAAAAACGUGAGACACUUGAAUUACGAAGAUUAAAUAUUCUUGAUUCACCACAGUACACUGUAGAUGAAAAUGAAAUAUUUACAUCAGAUAUACCAAAUUGGAUGACACUUGAAUGGGCACAUCAUUAUAUAAAAUUAUCAAUAGCAUCAUAUGGUUGGUUAUUUGUAUUAUAUCAAAAUACAUGUACUGGUUGUUGUAAAUUAUUUAAACGUAUGACAUGUUGUUCAUGUUUUCGUAAUAAUGAACAAAUUGUACUUGAUGAUAAUUGUUGUUUAUGUAGUCUUGCUGGUGUUAAAUAUUUAUCAAAUUUAUCUGAAGAUGAUAUAUUACUUGCAUCAUUUAGAAAUCAUUUAUGUGAGAUACCAUUUUGUGUUAUUGCUGAUCAUAAAGCAUCAAGUAUUGUUAUUGUAAUACGUGGUUCAUUAUCAUUACGUGAUUUAAUAACAGAUAUUGCUGCAGCAUCAGAUACAUUUGAAGUUAAUGGUUUACCUAAAAAUAGUCAAGCACAUCGUGGUAUGAUUAUUGGUGCAAAAGUAAUAUUAAAACAACUUGAACAAUAUAAUAUAUUAAAAAAAGCAUUUAAAAAAUAUCCAAAUUAUAAUUUAACAUUAACUGGUCAUAGUCUUGGUGCUGGUUUAGCAGUAUUACUUGGUAUAAUGUUACGUCCAAAAUAUCCAUUAUUACGUGUUUAUGCAUUUUCAACACCAGCUGGUUUACUUAGUCGUGAUGCAGCACGUAUUACUGAAAGUUUUGUAUUUACAAUUGGUCUUGGUGAUGAUCUUGUUAUGCGUCUUAGUGUUGAUAGUACUGAAAAUUUUCGUACAUCAUUAUUAAUAACAUUACAAGCAUGUAAAUUACCAAAAUAUAGAGUUGUAUUAAAUGGUUUUGGUUAUGCAUUAUUUGGUGUACCAGAUCGUGAUCUUGAACGUACAUGGAGAAAUAAUAAUAUUAUUAAUUCAAUACCUGGACAAUUACCAUUAUUAUCAAUAACAAAUGAUGAUAAUACAAUUAAUCAUAAUAAUCAUUAUAAUAAUGAUGAAACAAUUAUAUUUCAAAAAGAUUUAACAAGAAGAAGAUAUUCAAAAGUACGUCUUUAUAAUGCUGGAAGAAUAUUACAUAUUAGAAGAUUAAAAAAUUAUCAUAAUAAUGAUAGUAUUAAAAAAAAUAAUAAUGAUAAAUUAUAUCAUAUGAGAUGGGCACAACCAGAAGAUUUUAUGGAACUUACUGUUAUGCCAAGAAUGUUACUUGAUCAUUUACCUGAAAAUCUUGAAUCAGCACUUGAUACACUUAUCAAACAACAAGAUGAUUUACCAGUUCAUCUUGAUGUUGUAUAAAUUUUUAAUUAUUUUUUUUUAUAUAUAGAUUUUACUACAAAAAACAAUUUGUAUAUCUGUUAUUAUUUUGUACAUUUUUAUUUGGAUUUAAUUAAACAAUUUUCUUUUACAAAAAAAAAACG